AGCACUUGAAUUGAGUUCACUUCGUAGUUACUCUUUGUUGCAUGCACACAGUUAUGACAAGUAAUAUAGAAAUGUGGUAAAUCUCCAAUUAAGAAUGUAUUCCUAGAUGUUCUGCUUAUUAUAUAAAAAUGACAGUGAAGGUCAUACUAUUAUGGAUAAUCUUAGCGAGAGCAGUAUACUGCAACGCCUCCUGCCAUUCAGGACUCGACUUCCUUCAGUGCACUGAAAUAAAAUGGCCAGACUUCCUGCACGACUUCUUUUCCCUAGUUCUAGAAGAAGACAUAGCUCAACUUCAAUGGAUCGCUAUAACGAACUCAAAAAUACCGACGAUGGAUUACUUUCCACGAUUACACUCAACCUUUAACAUCACAAAACUGGUUAUAGAAAACUGCUCCUUAGAACGUAUUAGCGAAGGUGCAUUUCAAGAGCUUGAAUAUCUGCAGACACUGGACUUAAGUCACAAUUCAUUGAAGAACAUUUAUUUCAUCGAAUCACUUCCUUCAAGGUUACAAACAAUAGAUCUAAGCUACAACAGAGUUAUGUAUUUGGACAAUGUUUUCCAUAGCCUCAAAAAUUUGAAGCACCUUUCCUUGAGUCACAACAAUCUGAGUAUUGUUGACAUGAACAACACCAUAGGUAUACGGAAUCUGAACGUCAGCUUUAACAAUAUCAGUGCUUUGAUAGGGGGUGCGAGUAGUUCUCAUUAUGAUACUAUUGAUCUGAGUCACAACAACUUAAAAACGUUUUCAGAGUAUGACCUCUUAGUCAGAGUUCGUGACUUGGAUAUUAGUUACAAUAAGAUAAAACAAAUACAUGCACCUCAUACGGUCGUACUGAAGUACUCCGGAAACAAGGAGUUUAAUUUUCAACUUCCUAAAUUAGAAAAAUUGUAUUUAUCAGACACACCAAUACCCAAACUCAAAGAGUCUAUCAUAGAAUUGAAGUCGUUUAGGGCGGAGAUCAUCCAAUUAUCAAAUUGUUCCAUAACAAAGAUAUCAAAGAACUACUUUCAUGAUUUCGAUAUGGGAUAUAUGGAUUUAAGUUACAACAAUAUCAAGUUCAUCGAAGAAGGAAGUUUUUCUGACUGCAAAUUCACUAAUCUAGACUUAUCUCACUCUCAGCUUAAAACCGCUCAACAUGCUUUUGUCAAUAUGUGGGGUUACAUCAUAAAUUUAAGCAAUAACAACAUUACUAACGCAAAGAACAUAUUUUCUUCAGUCAGCGUGCAUUAUCUUGACAUUUCAUAUAACCCGAUUAAAGUACUAUUCAAAUCUACAUUCAUCGGUUGUACUGAUAUGGCAACCUUAAUACUUUCAAACUGUCAAAUUGAGUUUAUUGAAAGAAACUCUUUCGAAGGGCUAGCUAAUUUGGAAAAGGUGGAUUUGUCCCAUAACCGCAUUCAGAUUUUAGAGCCAGGAACAUUCCAAAAUCUACCUGUAGAAGAGUUGAUACUUGAUGGCAACCAGAUACAUACGUUAAGAAAUGGGAGCUUUCGUAACAUGGAAAGUCUAAAAAAGCUUAAUCUUUCCCAGCUAUGCAUUAGUGAAUUAGAUUCAAAUACAUUUUCCGAUCUACCAGCCUUAGAAUCUAUCGAUUUGAGUAGAAAUAAUAUCAGCACUAUACCCGAUAACCUCUUUGUGAAUUGUGAAAAUCUGAGAGAAGUAUUCCUACACGGAAACUGCUUGUCUUCAUUUAGCCCUUUUUCGAACAAGCUCAAAAUCAAAUCUAUCAGUUUAUCCUUUAACUACACCAUUCUCACAUCGAAAAUCGCAAAUAUAAACCUGAAUGAAAUCAAAAUAUUGGAUAGUUAUGUGCCUCUACUGAAAAACAACAGCUUUAAAGGGCUAUAUAACUUACACACACUAGACUGCCAAAACGUUGUAGUGGAGCAAAUAGAAGGCGGGGCUUUUCAAACUUUAUACAAUCUCAAAGAUAUAUCAAGCAAGGAGCUAUUUAAAACAGUCAAGAAGAUAAAGUUCAAUACUUUUAAAGGGCUGAGGAGUCUGAACGACCUAGAUCUGAGUGGACUGUCAAUUGUAAGUUUAGAGACUGGUGCAUUCAUUGGCUUAAAUAGCCUUGAAUAUCUGCAUUUGGAUCAUAAUAACAUCAGUGAGUUGAACAAAAGUACCUUUGUGGGACUAGAUAGUCUGUGUACGUUGGACUUAUCGUUCAAUUAUAUCGGAAAUAUAUCAAGUGAAAUGCUAGUCGGAAUAGGAAACUUGAGGGAGCUAUAUUUGCAGAAUAACAAUAUCAGUCUUUUGAAUGCUGAUAGCUUAAAUGAGUUACCACUUUUGGAGAAGCUCUCCCUUAGGAAUAAUUGUCUGCAAACAUUGGAUAAAGAGUUGUUUGUUAACAAUGGCGAUUUGCUGUGGAUUCACCUUGAGCAAAAUAGGAUCAAGGAGCUGCCUGUGGGAAUUUUUGAGUACCUUUCAAACUUGAAGGUACUUAACAUGUCUUCUAACAAAUUAGCAAUAAUAAGCAUCGGAAUAUUCUCAAAUCUCAAAUCCUUAGAGGUUCUGGAUCUAUCCAAUAACGAAUUAGUGACCUUGGAACAUGCAAGUGCUUUCUAUUCUUCGAAGAACCUCAGAAGACUGUACUUGGAUAACAACCAUUUGAAGCUUUUCGAUUUUGACAGAUGCGAAAGCUGAAAACUAACCAGCCCAGUGACAUGUAUCAAGAUACCGUUCGACGGUUAGGACGCUCGUUGCAAUGAACGAAACAUAUGCCAUUCUCUCCUGUCACAAGUGUGAAUGAAUUAUAAAUCUUUGUGUUUCCUCUCGAACUGUAACUUCUCUAUAUUCAUUUGGAAUAUUUGACAAUGAGUGGGAACAUUAAUUUGUCGCUUCAGUACGAAUUUGUACCUACCAGGUUGAUAGGUCGGCAAUCCUCACGCGAAGGAACAACAGCCGUUCCUGACAUAGAAGAAUGACAUUAUUGAAUGACAAAAAAAUGUCUUCAAAUACGUUGACUCUGCACUUCCUACGCAGCGCUGCUAUGAGCUCAUAAAGAUGUUCGGCCCUAUUUGGCCCCUACAAGAAAAAAGUUAGCUACGAAUAUGUAUAACAAAAAAUCAUUAAAAUUUCACUACUUAUCAUAUUUUUUGUACGAUAUAGAAGCUCUUUAGGAUUUCGAUCGCUGAGAAAAUCGCUAUUCAAGACGUUUUGGAGACAGUUACAGGCUUUCAUACAAAAGUUACAUCUUGUCGAUGGAUGUCCCCUUCCUCUGAGAAAAAUUUCUGCGUGCACGUAUGAUCGAAUCUGUUCUACAUCAGACGUGGAUGAUGAUCGGUUUACAUCAUCGUAUCAUCGAUACGCGAUUGAUGGAAUUAUUCGCCCACCAUUCCAAGUUUUAAGGAUAAAUGUACGGCGAUAUCUAUGAAGACUGAAAAGCUGCGUAGUAUAAGUACUCCACUAUAAAAAAAACUGGGAUAUAACCUCCCUUAUCUGCCUGCAACCCCCUCACAUUCAAUUUGUGACUCUUCAAAAUUUUUUCAAAAAUUAUAAGGAUCCUCUGAAAAGUAAAAAACGAAGUUUGAUCGGUUUUUAUAUUUUUACUAUUUUGCCCCUAGCUCUGCCGCCACUGGACAGAUUUUCAGAAACUAUAAGGCUUUUCCUUCCAUUGCAUAGUAGUAACCCAGUGUUCAUCAAAAUCCGACCGGUACUUUCUAAGUUAUAGA